AUGAUUCGCUUUGGUCCUUCCAGUGUGCCUUUAGGAUUGUAUUGGUUAGUGUCACUUAUCAAAGGACCGAGCCUACUUGUCGUCAUAAAACCUGCAAACGACAAGUCACGAACUACAGAACCUUUUACAAAAGGAGACGAUAGCUCGUUCCUGCACUUGGUCGGCAGCGAAAAGGUCAAGGCCGGUAAACGUUUUCUCUCACCCACCCACGGAAAACGUUGCCGCUGUAGCAAACACAUCAAAUCCUAUCCAUCAGCCGAUUCCUUGGUGGCGGGGCUGCCUAAAAAGGAUAUUAAUGAGAUCCACGACUCGUUCACGGUCAACCUGGUUUUGUACUGGUGGCGAUGCAAGAACCCGGAGCGUUUCCUGAAGGGCACGAAAUGGAACGUGCAACAAGCGCUGGGCUCCAAAGUUCCCAACAGCAUCCUCAACUUCAUGUUCAAACUCCGAUUCCGCCGGUUGACGAGUGCAGAUUUGAUUUAA